CUCACUCAGAGAAGUCAUAAACCCUAAUAUAAAAUCGCCAUCUGAUAACGCGCAACUUCUCUCCCUCUUGCCAAAUCUCUGCGUCGGCGGAACUACAGUAAGAAGACGAUCUCUCACAUCCUUUCCUUGCCCUAAAAAUGUCGAGGAGAAAGACGAGAGAGCCAAAGGAAGAGACAGUGACUCUUGGACCAGCUGUUCGUGAUGGAGAACAAGUGUUCGGUGUUGUCCACAUCUUCGCUUCCUUCAACGACACUUUCAUUCACGUUACUGAUUUGUCUGGACGUGAAACCCUUGUCCGUAUCACUGGUGGGAUGAAGGUGAAAGCUGACAGGGAUGAGUCCUCACCUUACGCAGCUAUGCUUGCUGCUCAAGAUGUUGCUCAGCGUUGCAAGGAGCUUGGAAUCACCGCUAUGCACGUGAAGCUCCGUGCCACGGGUGGAAACAAGACCAAGACACCUGGUCCUGGUGCUCAAUCCGCUCUUAGAGCUCUUGCCCGUUCUGGCAUGAAGAUUGGCCGCAUUGAGGAUGUUACUCCGAUCCCAACGGACAGUACCCGCAGAAAGGGUGGUAGAAGAGGAAGGAGGCUCUGAGUUUUCUUUUGGUUCAUUUGUUUCAGUUUGUCAGACCAAUGUUUUUUUUUUGAAUUUUGUGAAAGAGUUUCGAAGUUGAAUGCUUUUUGUUAAUUUUGCGCAACAUUUUCUGCUAUGAUUAGUCUGGCUUUUGCUAAGGAUUA